CGUGGUGACGUCACGGGGUGAGAGGUCAGGGCGGCGGCGGCGCCCCGGCCCGGUCCCGGUUCCGGUUCCGGCCCGGCCCCGGUCCCGGCCCGCUCAUGGCGGCCCGGCGCCUCCGCGGCGCCCUCCAGCUCGGGGCGCGCCCGCGCCUGCGGGCCGCGGCGGCCCCGCCCGGCAGGCACACGGCCCCGUGCGGGCUCCGGCUGCGGCCGGGCCCCGGGAGCGGCGAGCCCCGAGCGCAGCCCAGCCGCGCCUUCCUCAGCCUCAGCAACCGGCGCAAGGAGUACUCGGAGCGCCGCAUCAUCGGGUACUCCAUGCAGGAGAUGUACGACGUGGUGGCCAACGUGGAGGACUACAAGAGCUUCGUGCCCUGGUGCAAGAAGUCCGUGGUGGUGGCGCGGCGCUCGGGGCACCUCAAGGCGCAGCUGGAGGUGGGGUUCCCCCCCGUGCUGGAGCGCUACACCUCCAUCGUCACCCUGGUGCGGCCCCACCUCGUCAAGGCCGUCUGCACCGACGGGCGCCUCUUCAACCACCUGGAGACCAACUGGCGCUUCAGCCCCGGCAUCCCCGGCUACCCCCGCACCAGCACCGUGGAUUUCUCGAUCUCCUUCGAGUUCCGCUCCCUGCUGCACUCCCAGCUGGCCACCGUGUUCUUCGACGAGGUGGUCAAGCAGAUGGUGGCCGCCUUCGAGCGCCGCGCGGCCAAAAACUUCGGGCCCGAGACCCGCAUCCCCCGGGAGCUGAUGUUCCACGAGGUGCACCAGACGUGAGGGAGGCCGGGCCGGGCACCCCCGGACUGUGCCGGGCCCGCCCCGAGCCCACCCACUCC